UCCACCUCCCUCCUCUCCCGGGGGCUCCAACCUCCCGCACAGCCAAUGGCAUCCCCUCUCUUGACUUUAAUAUUUAUGAGGGGGGGAGCACCGGAGCGGCCAAUGAGGCAGCCGGGGUCGGACUCGGCGUGCGAGGCUGGGAUGUAUAUAUAGCAUAUGGGGCACAUGCCUCCUUGGGGUGUCCAUCUCAACGCGCGGUGGCCCACUCGCACUCCUGCCCAAGGAGUAGCAUGCCUGGGCCCCAAGGCUGCCGGGGUUCUCCCUGACCCCCCCAAGUCCAUCCUACGGCGCAGGACGCUGCGCACACCCAGAGAAACUUUCUGCCUCUUCGAUGGAUGGAUGAGCCAAGCGGUUCCUCGCUCCCUGGAUUACUUGAGCUUCAUCCUGCUGGAAGGGAAAACCUGGAGCCUGGGAAUGGUCAUCAGCUUGGGGAGCACGCAGGAGGAGGUCGGCUCUGACACCUGACGGCUCCGAAACUGGGUCCUGCCACGGCAGCACAGAAGAGCCCGUGGUCCCUGUGCAUGAGCGCGCGCGCAGAGGAUAUUUAUUUAUUUAUCUUAUUUCUAUGAGUCCUGCCAUCUCUCGUACAUUAUUUAUUGUGAAAGUUGUCGCUCACCCAACGAGCUCUCUGGGGAAAAGGGAAAAUUUUGGAAUUCCCUUGCGGAGGCGGUGUGUGAUGAGGAGGAAGAGGAGGAGAAUAACCAGGGGGUUGCUGUGAGCCAGAGACCUUCUCUUUCAAGUAGAGCCGUUCUGCUGCGACAUCGUGCCCGGGUCAGUCUGUCCCCCUGACGUACCAUCUCUCUGAAGCACCUGUCUGUCCGUCCAUCCCUCUUUUGCGAAGAUGAUGCUCAAUUCGGACCAAACCGAGAUCGACCUGCCCCCGACACACUCCGAGUCCGAGUCCGUCUUCAGCGACUGCGGCGGUGGCCGCGCGGGCAGCACGGAGGACACCAGUGGCAUUGGCUUGUGCGCUCAGUCCCGGAUAGCCGAGCCAGGUGAGGCCAUGAAGAAAGACCUGCAACACCUGAGUCGGGAGGAGCGUCGACGCCGACGGCGUGCCACGGCCAAAUACCGGACAGCCCAUGCUACGCGGGAGCGCAUCCGCGUCGAAGCCUUCAACAUGGCCUUCGCCGAGCUGCGGAAGCUGCUGCCCACCCUGCCACCGGACAAGAAGCUCUCCAAGAUUGAGAUCCUCCGCCUGGCCAUCUGCUACAUCUCCUACCUGAACCACGUGCUGGAUGUCUGAGCCGCCCAGCCUGCGUCCCUCAGUCUGUCUGCCACAUCUCCCACCUGAACAUGUGCUGGGCAUCUGAGCCAAGCGCUCAAGUCCCUCUGUCCAUCUAUGACCUGAACCACAUGUUGGGGCAUCCAAAAUGCUGUGCCUGUGUUCAUCCGUCUGUUCAAAUGGACCGAGUCCCCAGCUCUCUGCUCUACCCGCUAUCCGAACGAUGUUCUGUAUUUCCCCACCACCAAGCCCGCGUCCAUCUGUCUUUCCAUCCUGCCUGAGUCAGGCUGUUUGGUCCGUCAGCCAUCUGUCUGUCCUGCUGGAUCUGCUGCCUGAAGCCUGCGCUGGCCGCGUAUGCUCCCGACUUCUGUCUGUCCUUUUGCUUCGCAUCACUCUGGUGCUGCCUACGGGAUCCUGAGCCUGGCCACCACGUCCGCUCCCUGACCCGCAGCAGGAGCCACCGAGCCCGAGUCUCUGUGUCUGUAUAUCACCUCUUUCACACAAUCUGCAGAAAAACGGACCUGUGAAACACUGCAGCCCCAAGCAGUCCCAGGGUCUCAUCCAUCUGUCUGUCUGCACCUUCUGCCACCAGCUGCCCCACCAGCAUGGCCAGUCUGGGCAUUUUGUCUGUUUGCUGCUGUUCUGCCCCUGGCAUCGUGCUGGGCACUUGUCCAGACCGUCCCCUCCACAGAGGGAGCACAGCCCAGGAGCAUCCUCGGGCACAGAGCAGCUCCGCUGUCUUCGCCCUUGGGCUUUUGACACCCCAAAAGGAAGCACAAAGUGUGGUGCAGACCUGCCAGGACCUGGCCAUGCUUUCCACCGACGACAGCAGCAGGUUCCCCUCGAGAUGGAGCAGAGAGGCACGCCUGCUCGCUGUGCUGCCUGCGAGGUGCCCGGAGCCCCACUCCCACGCCAGGCUGGAGCAGCACCCAGGGGUUCUCCAAGCCCUUCCAUUGCAUAUCUGGUCUCCUUGAAGCUCAGCACCCUGCUCCCCAGACCUGUGCACCCCAGGCUUCGCUGCCCAACCCUCCUUUGCACUAGUGCACGACCAGUGUGAAGCCCCCCUGGCCUGGCCCGCUGCACUGACGGAUGCGACCACCUCGGGGUACCCGACCUCCCCGCACAGCACUUCAUCCCUCCCCGCUCUUCCUCUCUCUCCCCUUCGGUGCUCCUGGUGAAAAAGGCUGGAGUGGGGUCACAAGCCUGGCACGGGGGCACUCCGGCACUCAGCUCCCCCAGCACCGCGUCCCUCCUCUGCAGCACAGCUAGUGCCGCCAGGGCUCAUGUGCGAAGAGGCUUUGCCCCCAGGUGCUGCACCCCCCACCACCACCAUUUACACCAGUAUGGCACUGGUGCAGCGUGACCUUUUGCAGCAUGUGCUCUGCUGGGGUAAACUGCACUUUACCUGCGGCUUGCAGGGCAGCAGGGUUGGAGGUGAGGGAAAGCAGGCACAGCCCCUCUGCCCCAGCAGCCGGGGCUCUCCUGGCCCCUCCUAACAUGGGUCAGCACUUUGGGAGAAGGAGGAGCGGGAAGGGAGAGCAGAGCCGAGUGGCCUUUCCUCCAGCGAGGGCACGCUGAGGCUGGGGAAAGCUCAUUGCAGGAGUGAAUGUUUUGCCUUGUUUUAUGGGGGUGUGUUUGUUUGAAGUGUUAAUUUUGCACUGGCAGUGGCAAGAGCACAAGCAGAGCCCAGGUGGGGACCAGGACCAUGCAGAAACCGCUGGCUGAGCUUUGAGCCAACGCUCCGGGCUGGGAGCAGAGCCACAGCCUGGCCCACGGGGAAUGGGCUGGAGCUGCCCUGCACUGAACAUCACCAGGAGACAGGCAGUGGUCCUCCCCCGCGGGGUCGGUGCUGGGGGUGAUGGACUUUGGUGUGCCAGAGAUGAGAUGUUCAUGGUGAGAGAGCCAGUGCCAUGUCCAGCAAACCCCCAGAGCCGGAGUGGGGGGUCCCAGCACCUGCCCCCCUCUGCUCUCUGGGGUCCUCCCCUCAGCUUUGUGCCCUCCCAAGGUGUUGGCCACUGCCCGUGCUUCUGUCCAAGCCCCAGCUGGGCUUCCCGGGACCUCGCAGUCCUUGGCUCCGUCCCACCCCUGCCUCUGCCGCCAGCUCCCAGCGCCGCCUCGCUCCGUACCUCAUUUUCCCCCUCCCCGUAAAAGCAGGGAGAACGAUCGCUACCUCUGUCUCGCAAGGACUCCCCAGGGAAUGUGGGACCCCUGAGGGCCAGAGCAGCGGACCCUGGAGCUGGUGCCCCCAUCACUGCAGCACUCAGCGGGGCAGGGGCAGAGCAAUACAGAGCAGGGCAGCCCACCCUUCCCCUCCACUUACCAGCCACGUCUCUGUGCCACGAGGAUAUUUAUUGAAUUAAUUUAUUGAUAAAUGUUAUUAUUUAUUUGCUGUUGUUGUGCACUUUUGGGAAAGGAAAACUAGAAAAUAAGAAGAAAAAAAAAAAAAAAAACAAUGACCACGGCGGAAAAACCAACCAACCCACCCUUGUAUGCGGUGUGCCCCAGCGUUUGUUUGUCUUGGCUGUUCAGACUGUGCAAGGAUUUAUUAUUUAUGAGUUCACAAGGAAGUCGGGGAGGGGGAAAUGAAUUAAACUGCCAGCAAAAGAGAGAUCUUGAACUUGGAGUGCCUGGCUUCCCUUUUUUUUUUUUUUUUCUUUUUUUUUAAUCUUGUUUUUAACUGUCUCUUCCUUGCGCUGUUUGGCGGUGGUGGUGGGUUUUCCAAGGCAGGAGUGGAUGGCUGCGGCCGUGCCUGUGAAAGGAGGUGGUGGGAGGGAAACCAUCAUCUACCGCUCCGGCCAGGGGACUGGGAUGCAUCCUCUUGGUGCUCAGAGGAUCCUACAAGCACCAGCCAGGCUGGGGCUUGCUCCGAGAUGGGGUGCACGCCAUGUCUUUGCCUUUCCCCAUGUCUGCAGUCGCUGCUUGGAGCCCGCCUUGGGUUUUCUAGGACAAGCAGACCCCAAACGGCCCGGUCCUUCUGGUGACAGCAGAGGGAUGAGGACAUCUGGUCCAGACAUCAGCAUCUCCAAACACACCUGACAAACCACCUCUCUCUCCCGCAUACCCUGGGGAAAUUGGUGCUGCCCUGGCUCCGAAGCCACCCAUUGCUUGACCAUACACCUCUGCCUAGCAGAGGCCCCGCGGUCCCUUUCUCCAUCACCCCCAGACCUCUCCCUUGCAAACGCCCAGCCCUCUCCCUGCUUCUUCAGCCACCCCGAAGCAAGUUUGCGGCUCGUCUCCUUUGUCUGCGCCGAUCCCGCGCGUCCCUGGGGGCAGGUUGCAGCUGUUCACCGACUUGCUCCAAAUUUCUUCAUAUAAUCAAUUGGCCUCGGCUGCAGCU